AUGCAGGUGACCCCGAGCUCGCUGCUGCGGGUCUCCAUGCACCGAUCCCCGCCACUGUCGCCGAAGCCGCCCCCGCCGCUGGCGUCCUCGGAGGCGGUGCAGGACGCCCUGCCGCCGCUGCGGCGGCCCGCGCCCUCCCCGGAGAGGAGCCCCCGCGAGGCGGGGGCGACCACCCCGCGCACGUCGGUGGCGCCGGAGGGCCCCAGCUUCAGCGGCAUGGCGGUGGAGUCGCCGACGGUGGACAUGACGCCGAUGAGGCCCAACUUCGUGCGCUGCGUGCAGGAACGGCUCGGCCAGGGCCUGGAGGACUCGCCGGCCCCGGCUGCCUUGGUGCCACGGCUGCGGCGCCCGGACUACUACGUCAGCCCGUCCAUCGAGGCCAUGGCCGCCAUGUCGGAGGCCAGCCUGAGCCGCCUGGACAACCUGGAGAUUGGCAGGUACGGCUACGGCUCGGUGAAGUGGCCCGGGCUGACCGACGUGCGGCGCAUCAAUUUCGACGAGGUUGUCUUCAUCGACCGCGGCGGCCUGACGGUGUACCCCGACAGGGAGAAGCCCAAGGAUCGGGCGAGGAGCUCAACAAGGAGGCCGUGA